AUGGCAUCCACAACCUUACUCCUCGCCCUCCUGCUCACCAGCUGGUUCCUCAUUGCCAUCCUCAUCCUCAUCCUCACCCUCACCAUCUUCUUCCUCAAGGAGACCUAUACCAUCCGCCUCCAAGUUGACUGGAUCCCCACUCCCGUCACCACCCCCAUCACCAAACAAGCCCUCAACUGGGCAAAUAAUGGAGCACAAGUAACGUCCCCAGUUGAGUUAACACCUACCCCCUUUACUGACCUCCUCAGUGCCCUUCUGGGCUUCUUCCUCACCACCCUCCUCUCCAUCCUCGCCCUCGCCCUCAUCGUCCCCCUCACCCUUCAUCUCACCAUCUGGCAUCUAGAGAGGGAACACCAGUGGGCGUUCAACAUCGCCGCCACUGCCCAACGCCCCCUCCCACAUACAACUACCACCCUCCCCGUCAUUGCUGCCAACCGCGACAGCAACAAUCCCACUCAAGUAUACUUUGAGUACAUAAGGGAGCAUCAAGAUUAG